CCCCAUUUCCCAUUCGUUCUUAGAAAACCAUAACCCCUCCAAGUCCAAGAAACUCACACCAAAAUGAUAGAAGACAGAGCUCAAGGGCAUGGCGGUGCGCCUCAUGGAAUCAUAUUAGCAGUUGUAGUAUGCACUGUGGUGCUGGCUCCAUUCCUGCUUGGCGACCAAGGUGAGGCCAUUACUGACGCCAUCACUGAGCUCCUAAGUCCUGUGGGCCUCCUCCUCCUCCCCAUUAUCCUUCUCUUGACCAUCCAGUUCCUCUCCUCCGAUCGUGGCUCUUUUGUCUCCACCAUCUUCUCUACUGGCGAACCUGACACCAUUCACCGAGUCAGCGGCUCACCUGUCGGCGUAGCUUUCUUUCUGGUUCUGAUCUUGUUCUUGCUUUAUAAUCGCAUGUCCAUCUUCGGCGGCGAUGAUGAUUCCGGCGAUUAACUGCUCGCUUGCAUGGAUCUGGGCCUAAUCCUUUUUAUCCUUUUUUUUAUUAUUUCCUGUAUUGUAUACGGUAUAGUGAGUAGUGAGUACGUAGAUUUUCUUGUAUGAAAAUGGGUUGGUGUUUUUAUGUAUUUAGCAUUUAAAUUGAGGGUAUUUUGGUAAUCGUAGUGGGAACUGGGAAGUAGGAAGAAACUGCCGAGAACUGGGAAGCUCAAUUUAUCUCUAUAUUUUAUGAAGUAGCAAAAUUGCCCUUGAUGGUGAUGCUUGCUCAUUUUCUCUUGCUGCCAAAA